UGCGUACUACAUAGAGAGUUCGAAUGGAAAGAGGUAAUACCUACUGAACAACGCGAAAGUAUUAUUUCUAAAAAUCAUUCAGAACCGAUUUCCGGACACUUCGGUGUGUUCAAAACAUUUAAGCGACUAGCUUUGAAUUACUACUGGCCUGGUAUGCACCGCGACGUUACGUACUUUGUAUCGAGAUGUGACGCGUGCAAUGCGCAUAAACACGCCAAUCAUACAACUCUUGGAAUCAUGGGUCAACCUAAAAACUGUAGUAGACCAUUCGAAAUGAUAAGUAUAGACCUAGUAGGUGAACUUCCAGCAACUAAAAAUCAGAAUACAUAUCUAUUCGUUGUAGUAUGUUGUUUUACUAAAUAUUGCUUACUUUUUCCUAUAAGACGCGCUACAGCUAGUAUUAUAGCUAAAAUUCUAGAAGAAAAAGUAUUUCACGUCCAUGGGAUCCCUUACACAAUCUUAAGUGACAAUGGAAAGCAGCUGACCGCCAAUAUUUUACGUGAACUGUAUGAAACCUACAAAAUCCCUAAUGUACUAUUCACACCUAAAUAUACACCCCAGGUAAACACGGUUGAACGCUAUAAUAAAACGAUAAUGACUGCAGUAUCUACGUUCAUUGAAAACGAUCAUAGAUCUUGGGACACUAACAUAACUAAGAUACAAUUUGCACUAAAUAGUUCGGUCAACUCGGUUACGAAAUUCACGCCAUCAUUCUUAGUGUACGGGCGAGAACUGAUAAGCUGCGGAUCUCAAUACAACGCCAUCGAUACUUACACUCUCGACGAAAUAGUUUAUACACCGCGAGAUGAUUACGCUGAAAACUUAGGUGCAUUACGUAAAAUUUUUGAUAAAGUGCAAUCAUCGUUACUAAAGGCUCAUUCUCGAAAUAGUAAUAACUACAACUCAAGACGGAAACAAGCUGAGUUUAACGUAGGUGACAUUGUGUGGAAACGUACUUAUUACCAGAGUGAUAAGGAAAAAAGGUUUGCUAAAAAACUCGCUCCGAAAUACAUUAAAUGUCGAGUAGUUAAUAAAAAGUCACCGCUUGUUUAUGAAUUAGAGGAUAUAAAAGGAAAUUUUUUAGGAACUUGGCACAUUAAAGAUAUUAAAUUAACUAAUUAUAAACUAUAAACUUAGAUACAGAAAGAACGUUAUUAAUAAUUUAAAAAUAUUUUUGCACUUAAUUUAAUCUUAAAACCUUACCUUAAACUUCAAACACCUUAAACUACGUAAAUUAAAUAAUCACCUUAUAAUAAAACUACAUGAUCCAUUAACAACAUAAUAUACAUAUGUAAAUUUCAAUAUAAAAAAAAACCUCUUCCACACUCAACAAAUACUACUUACUAUAAAUUAACUAAAUAAAUUAAUGUUAUCCAAUCUUAAUUAUAUUGUUUAACUACCUAAGUUACACCAAAGUACUUACCUGCUACUGUUAGGAACAACAUCUAUCCACCUGUCGUACGAAUAUUACAUUAUCAUAGGUAUGUUAUAUUCAUUGAGUUGCAAUCUUGAGUAGGUAUUGUUUUAUUAAAUACUCACUCUGAAUAUUAGGGUCUUACGUCUUGACUAUUGACUAAAAGACAGUAUGAAAGGAUAAUAUGAAAGAGAUGUAUGGAAAUGUGAAUGUAGGGGAAUGUAUGUAUGAGGAAGUAUGUAACUAGGCAAAGAAAGCACUCUCGAAGGGUGGAGUUAGUCGGAUUUUUUCCAUGGAGUACAAAAAUCCUACGUUUUCUGGCGGGGUACUGUAACGCUAUAACUAUAAAAUAAGGCAGUGGUUUGCACUGAGCCUAUGGGUCCGCGCGCUAGAUACCUAUUUGUAAUAACUGAACGCACUCGCGCACAGUAAAUACGAUUUCGCACGAAUGUUUUACUUCGGCUGCACUCGGGAGGAGCGACGCUAACCGACCGCACAUAAAGUGCGAGGCAUUCAUAUACCUGCGUCAGGUGCCGAACGUUGUGAUCAAAGAUUACAUGGUUGUGACGUCACGUUAGUGCCAAGUACAUAAUUAACUUUGGUUGGUGUUGGCCUCCUGGGCUCGAAACCUAGGGAAACCCGCUGGGGUUCUCGCCUUCUCGCCUUCUACGCCUUCUACGCCUUCUGCGCCGUCUUCGCCUUCAUCGCCUUCUUCAUCUUUCAUCCAUCUGGUCUUCCUUCACCAGCGCACGCCGAGGCCUAAUAUUACGGACCCUGGAGCGGGAACCAGACUACUUCAGUACUUUCGUUCAGGCCAGUGACAACUUGUUAUAAGUUACCUGACGGUGUAAGGCGAGUUUGAAAAAAAGUAAAGUCUGAACCUUGAUUUAUAACUUGAGAGUUUCAUUUGUAUACCUGCCUACAUCUACCUGUGGCGGGCAUAGCCCACUGCCACAGCAACUUUUAAGAAUACUAUUGUUUAUGGUUCCAGACAGCGUUCGGUUGUAAGAUUUCGCGACGAACUUGUGUUUUUAUGAUACCCCAGCUCCUGUGAUGUAAUAAAUGUUAUUGGUUAUAUUUAUUUAAAAAUAAAAAGUACAUUAAUAUACGGAA